AUCAGUUUGAGCACAGAUGCUGUUAAAAACAAGCAUUUAUGUGGAUUUACAUGUGGAUUCCAUUCUUCUUCCCUCCUACUGAUUCUCCACUAAUUGUGUCUCAUCAACAAGAGAAAGGUGAACCAAUUAUUCCAACGAAAGAAAGUCGUUUUGAAGUUGGGAGAUAAUUAAGCAGGAUGGCUUCUGCCCAGGUCAAAGAAAAGGUAGCAGCCAAAAAGUUUCAGAAGACCUACUUUGAUGUCUUGGGGUUGUGCUGCUCUUCAGAAGUUCCACUCAUAGAGAAUAUCCUCAAGCCUCUUGAAGGUGUGAAAGAGGUUUCAGUGAUUGUGCCUUCCAGAACUGUAAUUGUUGUCCAUGAUAUCCUCCUCAUUUCCCAGCUUCAAAUUGUUAAGGCAUUAAACCAAGCAAGGUUAGAAGCAAAUGUGAGAGUGUAUGGGGCAGGGGACAGUUACAAGAAAACGUGGCCAAGUCCAUAUGCAAUUGGUAGUGGCGUGUUACUUGUUCUAUCAUUUCUGAAGUAUACGUAUCGGCCAUUAGGAUGGUUGGCCCUUGGAGCGGUGGCCCUUGGCAUUUUUCCCAUUGCUAUGAAAGGUUUUGCAUCGAUUCGAAAUUUCAGGUUUCAUGAUAUCAACAUUCUUGUUAUCAUUGCCGUGGUUGGAACAAUUGCUUUGAAGGACUAUACCGAAGCUGCCUCCAUUGUCUUUCUGUUCAUCAUUGCAGAGUGGCUUCAGUCUUGUGCAGGAUACAGGGCGAAAGCAGUGAUGUCGUCGUUGAUGAGCAUGGCGCCCCGAAAAGCAGUCUUAGCUGAGAAUGGAGAAGUUGUAGAUGUUGAUGAGGUUAAGUUGAACACAAUUCUUGCUGUUAAGGCCGGUGAAGUUAUACCGAUUGAUGGAAUAGUUGUUGAAGGAAAAAGCGAAGUGGAUGAGAAAACACUAACCGGGGAAUCCUAUCCAGUAGCCAAAGAAAAGGACUCCACUGUUUGGGCGGGCACUAUCAAUCUUAAUGGUUAUAUUAGUGUUAAAACUACAGCGUUAGCUGAAGAUUGUGCGGUCGCCAAAAUGGUCAAACUCGUUGAAGAGGCUCAAAACAGCAAAACCAGAACUCAAAGAUUCAUUGACAAAUGCGCAAUGUUCUAUACCCCAGCGGUCCUAGUCAUAUCCGUAUCUAUCGCAGUGAUUCCGGCAGCAUUACAUGUUCACAAUUGGAGCAAGUGGUUUCACUUAGCAUUGGUUGUUUUAGUGAGUGCAUGUCCUUGCGGCCUCAUCCUUUCUACACCCGUUGUGACUUUUUGCACACUCACAAAGGCAGCAACAUCCGGACUGCUAAUCAAAGGAGGUGACUACGUUGAGAUCCUUGCUAAAGUUAAGAUCAUGGCUUUUGACAAAACUGGGACAAUAACAAGGGGUGAAUUUGUGGUGAUGGAUUUUCAAUCUCUUCGUGAUGACAUUAGCUUGAACACAUUGCUUUACUGGGUUGCAAGCAUUGAGAGGAAGUCCAGUCAUCCAAUGGCAGAUGCGCUGGUUGACUAUGGAAGAUCGCUUUCGAUUGAGCCAAAACCUGAAAAUGUGGAGGAGUUCCAAAAUUUUCCCGGGGAAGGUAUCCAUGGGAAAAUUGAUGGACAAGAUAUCUACAUUGGAAACAGAAAAAUAGCUUUACGAGCUGCUUGUGAAAUAGUUCCUACAACUGAAGGUUCUAAUGGUGGGAAAACGAUUGGAUACAUAUACUCUGGAGGAACCCCAACCGGAGUCUUUACAAUAUCUGAUGCUUGUCGAUCUGGGGCCGCAGAGGCUAUCAGAGAGCUGAAGAAGUUGGGUAUUAAAACAGCUAUGCUCACUGGAGAUAGUAAUGCUGCCUCAUUGCAUACAAAUGAACAGCUUAAGCAAGCUCUCGAGGUAGUACAUGCAGAACUUCUACCUGAAGAUAAGGCAAGAAUCGUUAAAGAAUUUAAAACGGAAGGAAAUACAGCAAUGGUUGGAGACGGUAUCAAUGAUGCCCCUGCAUUAGCCACAGCGGAUAUUGGUAUCUCAAUGGGCAUUUCAGGAUCAGCCCUUGCUCAAGAAACUGGGAAUAUAAUUUUACUGUCAAAUGACAUUAGGAAACUACCAAAAGCAGUCCGACUGGCGAGAAGGGCUAAUAGAAAAGUGGUUGAGAAUGUUGUUUUGUCAAUCACUACUAAGGUUGGUAUCCUUGCACUGGGAUUUGCAGGGCAUCCGCUCGUUUGGGCUGCGGUUCUUGCUGAUGUUGGGACAUGCAUGCUUGUUAUAUUCAAUAGCAUGCUACUCUUACAAGGAACCCAAAAGCAUGGAGGGAGUACUUCUGCACCACAUGCCCAUAAACAUGGAAGCCAUGGACAUAGCCUCUCUCACAAAAACCAACAUUGUUGCUCAGAUAGCAAACCUGUGAAAGCCUGUGAACCUCAAAAGUGUUCAUCGCAGUGCCAGCCUACUCCCUUGAAUUCAAGCUUGCCGUGUAUGCUUAAGUGCAGUGAUGACUUACGCAAGGCAAGACACUGUGAUGAAGCAAGCUGCAUGAAAGUCAAUAAAGAUCUUGAGUCACAGAAUAAACACAAUCAUGGUUUUUUGAGUCAUCAUAAUUUGAGCUCAUGUGCAGAAGGUGAUAAAAUUCACGAGGCAAAACACUGCGAUGGUUCUGCUUCUUCUUUGGUUGAAAUUCCAAAGUUGACAAGUAAAGGUCAUUGCCACUCAACGCACUGCAGCAAAGAGCACAGCACAAAGGAAAGUGAUGGAGUCCAUGAGGAAAAACACUGCAAUCAUUCUAUCUUUUCUUUGGAUGAAAGCAAAAGAUUGACAGAUAGUGACAUUUCCCACUCAAGAAACUGUGGAAAGGAGCGUAGUAGAAAGGAAGGUGAUGCAAUACACGAGCCAAAACACUGCAACCAUUCUGCUUUUUCAAUGGAGGAAUGCCAAAAAUUGACAAGUACUGGUCAUUGCCACUCAACUCACUGUGGCAAAGAUCAUAUUCACAAUGAAGCGUUAGGAGAGACGUUUGCCACAAGCUGUGAUCAUCAGCGUCACUGUAAUCUGGAUGAAAACUCGCCUCCUUAUACGACUAUUGAUAUUGUAACGGGUUGUGACCAAGCAGAAUCAGCCCCAACGAAAUCUUGCAUUGGCUCAGGGACAAUGGAAAAGGAAGUGUGCUGCUCGGAAUCAGUAGCAAGUCAAGCUUGUGUGUUAGAGAAAAGAGAAGUCGGUGGGUGCUGCAAAAGCUACAUGAAGGAAUGCUGUGGUAGUCAUGGGCAUAUUGGUUCUAGCUUUAAGGGUUGUUCAUCAGAAAUCACAAUUGAAUAGAUGUAACAGACUGAAAAAAGUUAUAUAUAUCCACACCUAAUCGAACUUCAAUGA